GGGCGUCCGCGCGGCCCUUUAUAGCGCGCCGGGCACGGGCUUCCCCAGACUCGGGGCUCCCCGCGCCCCAUCCCGCUCUCUUGGGCCGACCCUGGGUGCCUAAAGCCCGCCCUCCCCGGCCUCCAGGGUGCAUCGGAACCCACCCGACCUCGUCGCCAGCUCGUGGACAUGGAGACUCCUGCCUGGCCCCGGGUCCCGCAGGGGACCGCUGUCGCUCGGACGGUCCUGCUCGGCUGGGCCCUCUCCCAGGUGGUCAGCGCUUCAGGCACUACAGAUGUAGUGGAAGCAUAUAAUUUAACUUGGAAAUCAACUAAUUUCAAGACAAUUUUGGAGUGGGAACCCAAACCCAUCGAUCAGGUCUACACUGUUCAGAUAAGUUCUAAAUUUGGAAAUUGGAAAAGCAAAUGCUUCUACACAACAGACACAGAAUGUGACCUCACUGACGAGAUUGUGCAGGACGUGAAGCAGACGUACUUGGCGCGGGUCCUUUCCUACCCGGCAGGGAACGUAGAUGCCGUGGGGUCUGCGGGGGAACCUCCCUAUCAGAACUCCCCAGAGUUUACACCUUACCUGGAGACAAACCUUGGACAGCCAACAAUUCAGAGUUUUGAACAAGUUGGUACAAAACUGAAUGUGAUAGUACAAGAUGCACGUACCUUAGUCAGAAUGAAUGGCACAUUCCUGAGCCUCCGGGAUGUUUUUGGCAAGGACUUAAACUAUACACUUUAUUAUUGGAAAGCUUUAAGUACAGGAAAGAAAACAGCCAAGACAAACACUAAUGAGUUUUCGAUUGAUGUGGAUAAAGGAGAGAACUACUGUUUCAAUGUUCAAGCAGUAAUUCCAUCCCGAAGAACUAACCAGAAGAGUCCAGAAAGCCCCAUUGAGUGCACAAGCCAAGGGAAAGGCCAACUCAGAGAAAUGUUCUUCAUCAUUGGAGCAGUGGUGUUCGUGGUCAUCAUCCUUAUCAUCGUCCUGUCUAUAUCUCUACACAAGUGCAGAAAGGCAAGAGCGGGGACGAGUGGGAAGGAGAACUCCCCACUGAAUGUUGCGUAAAGGAAGCACUGUGGCAGGUGCCAACUACUGCAAAUGCUGUAUUGCACUGUGACCAGGAACUUUUAUUAAGAGACUAUAUGGAAACACAAAUGAGUAUUUUGGAGCAUAAAGACCCUUGGUUUCGAAAAAGCUCUUGAUAUAACCUGUUAUUACAAUUAGCAUUCUUAUUUUGACAUCGGCAUUAGUCACUUUGAAAUGUAAUGAACGGUACAACCAAUGUUUUAAUUUUUUAACACUAUAGCACCUUUGCACAUAUCAUGCUUUAGAUUAUAUAUUCUGC